AUGCAGGUGAGGAAGCUGGACGAAGCCUCUGUGCUCUCUCCGACGAUCGGACGCGGGACCUUGCAAUACCGCACGAUCCUCCACAAACCCCCGGAGACGGAUGGUGACAUUGAAACUUCCUCCACGGCUACUGGAACUGCUGAACGACCAACACGGAGCCCUUUGAAACGGCAGACGGGAACCAAUGCGAAUUACAGACUACGGACCCAUGCCGUGGAGACCUCUCAACCUUCGCCGUCGGCCAGAAAAGCCACAAACACCUCCGUACAGAAACGCAAGUCGGUGACCGGGACGACAUUCGAGGGCUCCCCAAUAGGAAGAAGAGCACGAGGACCUGGCAAAUCAUCAAGCAAUGCUGCCAAGGGGUCCCAUCGCACUGUGCUGUGGUCAUCGUCUCCUGGGCCACCACUGAGCCCUGCAUCCACAAACACGCGACACCCAAGCCGAACUUCGAUCCACCCGGAUGAACCGAAAUCACACUUCGUGCCCCUUGAUGCACCUUUCCAGUCAAGCGCUCGUGCAGGCUUCCCAGCUGAAGGCCAGAAUUACAGAGAACUGUACACACCCGCCCCAGACCCCAACAAGGAAAACAUUGGCGAAACGCUUGAGCGCAUUCGCUCCAGCGAAGUCGACAAGCACGCUCAACUCCAAGACGAGAUUCAAGCACUUCAGCACCAGCAAAGCGCAAUUACAGAUCGGAUCGCAAGGCUCGAGGGGCAGGCAGCUCAGGCUAGAAGAAAUUCGGGAAGGGCGGAGAGGUUCUUGGAGCGGCCGGAGAAGCUCCUCAGACUUGACAGGUCAAGUCUGUACAAGUGGGUUAGGGCGAUGGACAUACCUGAGCCUCGGAAUUCUUCUUUACGUCAGAGCAAUGGUGGUAAUGAAUGUGCCGACGAGAAUCGUGUGAUUGUCUUGAGUGAUUAG